AUUUGAGAGCGCGGUAAGCAGAAAAACGCCGCCGCCGCCAACAAAGUCUACCAAAAUGGAGUCGCAUGGCUCGGACACGGAUGGAGAGGAGCAGCAAACGCCUCUUCUUCAUCGGGGAUACAAGAGCAAAGUCCAGAGCGCACCGGUUUGCUGCUCGGCCCGUUGCAGCCUGGCCUUUUUUUGCUGCUACGCCUUCUUUGUGGUCUACGCCUUGCGGGUCAACCUGAGCGUGGCCAUGGUGGACAUGCUCAACACCAACCACCAGCCCAACACCAACCACAGCAGCUCCGUGUGCCCCCCUCACAUCAGCCCCGCACGGCCCAAACGCAACCACUCGGCCAGCGUGUACGACUGGGACACUGAGACGCAGGGCUGGAUCCUAGGUUCUUUCUUCUACGGCUACAUCUUCACGCAAGUCCCCGGAGGUUACCUGGCCGGUCGCUUUGGGUCUAAGUGGCUGUUGGGUUUUGGAAUCCUGGUUACCGUCGUGUUCACGUUGCUCACUCCUGUGGUGGCCGACCUCGGUGCCAGUUACCUCAUCGGCAUCAGAAUCCUGGAAGGGAUCGGGGAGGGCGUCACUUUCCCCGCCAUGUACAACAUGUGGGCAGUGUGGGCGCCGCCCACGGAGAGGAGCCGUCUUGCCAGCAUUGCCUACAUCGGAGCCCAAAUUGGGACGGUGUUGUCCCUCCCCCUGUCUGGUGAAAUCUGCUUCUACUUUGACUGGACCUACGUCUUCUAUAUCUUUGGUGCUGUGGGCCUCUUGUGGUUUGUGCUGUGGGCUGGCCUGGUCUUUGAGAGUCCAAACACUCACCGGUGGAUCUCGGAGCGAGAGAAACUCUACAUCGUUGGCGCACUAGAGAACGAGCUGGCCCCCCCCUCACACAGAGACAUCCCCUGGCGAGCCAUGCUGACGUCUCGCCCGCUUCUGGCCAUCAUGGUGGCCCACUUCUCUUACAACUGGACCUUCUACACGCUCCUCACCCUGCUGCCGACCUACAUGAACGACAUACUGGGCUUCAGCAUCCAGGAGAACGGCUGGUUGUCCGCGCUGCCUUACUUGGGCAGUGCUGUGACUGCCUUUCUGAGCGCUCAGCUGUCCGACUACCUGCAGGAAAAGUGCUUCUACUCUACUGUCGUAGUCAGGAAGGCCUUAACCAUCGUCGGUAUGACCGGCCCAGCUGUGUUCCUGGUGGCGGCCGGCAACACGGGCUGCAACUACAUCUUGGCCAUCGCCUUCCUCACCAUCUCCUCCUCGCUGGGCGGAGUGUCAUCCUCGGGCUUCAACAUCAACCACCUUGACAUCGCUCCCUCGUACGCCGGCAUCCUGCUGGGCAUCACCAACACCUUUGCCACCAUUCCUGGCAUGGUGGGACCGGUCAUUGCAAGAAGCCUCACUACAAACAAUACCAUAGAAGAAUGGCAGACAGUCUUCUACAUCUCUGCCGCCAUCAACCUGAUUGGAGCCACCACCUACACGCUCUUUGGACAGGGGACAGUGCAGCCCUGGGCCAUCCAAAUGCCCCACAGAGGAGAAUAACCACAUCAAGUCAGUCACCCGCCAGUCUUGGACCAGACUUAAUUAAAGCUGAUGAUGACUGGUUUCCAGUGAGUAUGAGCCCAAGUCACCUCCUGGUUGUGAUGUGUGUUGUGGGCAGAAGUGAGGCCAUGAGGCCAAUUCAAAGUGCAAAAGUCGUUAGGUUGAUUGCUAACCACACUGCAACGGUCAUAUCUGCCUCAAAAUCAAUGAGUGUUCUUUAGCUGAUAAUGACACAUGGAAGUGGCAAAGAUGUUUACUAAGGAAAAAGAUUGGCUCUUUUUUUAUAGAUUUUUUAAAAACUUUUUGACAAUUCCAUAGCCUAUCUAUGCAUGCAUGUCUAAUGUUGUGAAUGUAUAGAAAAGCCUUUCCCCAAACCUGUUCAGGUCAAGACCCGAAUUACUGUAGUAGCAUAAAAAUACAUCAUUUUUCUGGGUUAAUUUGUUCCGGACCUGACUUUCUGGGAAUUAGGAUUCCUUUUUUGUAGUUAAGCAUAGAAAACAUGUUUACAACCUUCUACAUACAGUAUGUACGGUUUGUAACAUCACCGCUAUAGUCACCUUUACACGCAUAUUACUCAAUGUAGUUGACACCAUAAGAGUAAAUAAGCCAUUUCAGACAUAAAUAAGAUUCGUGCUUGUGUGUGUUGCUAUAAAUGGCAGACAGGAAGUGACGUCAGGGGUUCAGAGUUGCGUUUUAACUUGGUGUGGGUUACGGCCGCAACAGUAGUACAUUUUAUGAGGGAUUUUUAUUAAAGGAUUAUUGUGCCUGUUGUGAGGUAAAUAAAACCUGCAAUAAAAGCCUGCUGUUCCGGUGAUCAAGUCUGGUGUGUGUGUCUCACCGAAGUGACAGUAACAUUACUGACACCUAGUGACCAGUGCAGAAUACUACAUGUCAUUCACAGCGUCUUUGAAUGCCUUUUAUUUGUAUUAUAGUUCAUUUAGCCAUUUUUAUUCUUGACAAUGCUUAAUUUAGGCAAAAAAUAUUUACAAUUUGCUUUAAUAUGCAGUUUUUUAAAACUAAUAAUAGGUCGUGUUCAACCACAAAACAGCAUGAUUUAUUAAUAAAAUUUUGAAAGACCGUGAUAGAAGCCGCAAAAUUUCAACUGGAUUACUGUAUUGCCACAACUGGACAUCUACCGUACAUAAACUAAUAAUAAAGAACACAAUAGGCGAUAGGCUCGUCUUCAUAAUCUAUAAAACGAUUAUGCACCAUUUCACGCUAUAAAAACUGUCCAGCUACCUUGAGUUUGGGGAGUGUGUUCUGUAGGAUAUGCUACAAGUUAACAGUAACCUUUUAGAAUGGUGACAAAGAUUGCAUUUUCUCAAAAUUGUCCAACAAGAUCAGCGAUAUGAAUUUAAAAUAAAUAAAUGGACGGAAAUGGUGAAUAUUUUUCAUUGGUAUGUCAUCUUCUAGCCACGUUCUAGUGUCAUUUCCAGCCAUUCAACAAAUCAACCAUGUUGCCAGGAUGUGAAUCAAUUCUGACUAAACUAUUACAUUUCAUCUCAUUAAUUCUGUUAAUUCUGUUUUUUUUAUAUACAAAAUGACUUCCAUCUUCUUGUAAUGUUUUUAUUUUCCUGGUGUUACGCCAGCAUGAAUAGCUUUUUACAAUGGUGCUUUUGAGUCUGUGCUGUAUUUGACACUAAGCUGCAACUUUAAGUGAUGUAAUUUUAUUAUUCCUGUUGGCCACAUGUCAAUGCUCGGGCGUCAUAAAAAGGGAUUCAAAGAGAUACUUUUCUUACUUUUUAAAAAUGAAUCUAACACACGAGGUUUAUAUGAACUGUAGACAAAACACACAGGGAUAACAGGGAUAAUUUUAACACAUACAGUCUGUUGUCAGUAAGAUCCAGUUUGCACUCCUUAUCAACAAGUACUGUACUGUAAGCAUUGCACUUGUGCCUUAUUUACGCAAAAAACCUUGAGGAAAUGAAGGGACUUGUUUUUGUGUUUGUUUUUUUCCCCUAAUGUACAUAAAUUGUCAUCUCCUGUGGAAACAGUUCCUGUAAAGGUGUCUCGGUUGAUUUGUCUAUGAUAAAUAUUGAAUCAUCAGAGCACAACUAAGCUCACAGUAUGCGUUAUUAUUACGCAACACUAUCAUGAAACCAUGCAUCAUGUAAAUCAGGGGUGUCCUAAGUGCACUUUGGGGGCCAUUUUCAGCCCACAUUUUUUUACUGGCCCCCAACAUAUUCACAAUAAGAUAUCACACUUAUUUGCUUUGUCGCCUCAAACAAAGCUAAGAUGUUUUUUUCCAUCUUAUCUUCACAUAUAAUUACCAACAUUAGAUUGGUUUUAGCAUAUUUAAUGUACAAAAUAUAUCAAAACUUGGACAACCUUGAUGCAAUUACUCUCUCUGCACCAUUUCCAAUAGAACUGAAUGAAAGCUGACCAACAGUGAAUUUGAACAUCCUUUGCUCUACCCCUCCCAAGUUCCACAACCAUGACUUGCUGGUCUCUGCAGCACACUGUCCAUAGUCUGAUAUUAAUGCUGAAAAUGUUUACUCAAAUUAAUCAGUUUUCCACAUAAUCAUUAUUAAUCAC